UCGGUGUAAUAACGCGUGUACAGUACGGGUAACGCGCGAUAUUUUAUUUAUUUUCAACUUUCUUAAGUAACUGUGAAUGUUUCUGGUCCUGGCAUUUUUGUGCGUUAGCUUAAACAAGCGUUUUCCCGCGAGACCAGCUUGAGAACGUGUUUUCUGUAUUCUUAUCAUUGAAAAUGAGAGCUAGAUGACGUCCAGUGACAUUAUAGAGGCAAUUUUUGUGAAUGUUCAGUGACAUCCAAAAUUUCUUUUUUGGAUUCACUGUUGAAGCUCUAUACACCUGACAGAGGAAAAAAUGCCUUCGAUUUGUGGAGAUGUCGUCGAAGUGCCUGUCUCUGUCGUGCAAGCUGGAGUCCCUGAUGGUAUCUCCAGCACCGACAGUGUCGGCACACACAGCGACGUCUCUGGUCACACAACCAUUUCUGGAAGACCCAGGAUGGACGUCGUUUGUGUCUUAGAUCUACAGCAGCCUGAACAUCUUGUUCAACGUAAAAGAGCACUUGAGGAAGUGAGGCAAGCCUGUAGCUUGGUGAACGCCAACAUGCACCACAUACAGUUUGAGAAAUUGGAUUUUGGCGAAACAAAUGUGCUGGACACAUUUUACAAUGCGGAUGUUGCCGUUGUUGAUCUGAGCAUUCAACUUCAACAGUCUUCGUUGUUCUAUCAUUUGGGAGUGAGAGAGAGUUUUGGAAUGAGAGAAAAUAUCCUGUUGUACAAUGACAUGGACACAGAAGCUACAAUUAGACUUAAGUUAUCGUGCGGCAACUAUACAUUUGUUUCUUACCGUGUUGUGGAAUGUGGUUCCUGCGUUUCAACAAGUCCAGCAGCUAGCAGAGCAACGGGAGAAGAAGUGAUAGAUCCAAAGCAGCACCUCACGCUCAAGCUCAAGAAACUCUUUCAGGAUGUCGAAGUACAAUCGAAAGCACAUAUGAAGGAAAAGUUCCUAGCGGAUUUGCGCAAGGCGCGCGAGACCUACUCUGGGGAAGAGCUCUCCAGAGCUUUAAACAACAUGAGAAAACGUUUGGAUGAUCCGAAUGUUUUGUCAGGUGAAGUUGUGCUCAACGUUCUAAUCUCUUUUCGCGAGAUACAGGAUUAUGAUGCAAUGGUUCAGCUUGUCGAUGAUCUACGAACAGUACCGAAUCACAAAAACUAUAUAAGUACUCCAGCUAUUUGUUACUUGUAUGCGUUUGCCUUGAAUCGGCGUAAUAAGGAAGGUGAUCGUGAAACGGCAUUAAGAGUCAUUGAAAAAGCUUUGGAGAAAAAGGAAAAUCAUGUACCGGAUAUGCUGUGCCUCUGUGGAAGGAUCAACAAGGAUAAAUUUGUGGAGAGUAGGCAUACGGAUCAAGAGAGUCUGAAGAAUGCUAUUCAUUGGUACAGAAAGGGUUUUGAGGUUCAACCGAAUGAAUAUGCCGGCAUAAAUCUUGCGACGCUCUUAGUGAUAGCAGGAAAUGAAUUUUCAAAGAGUGAAGAACUUCAACAUAUCGGAAUGGUGCUAAAUAAUUUAAUUGGAAAAAAGGGCAGUCUUUCCAGUUUGAAGGAAUACUGGGACGUGGCAACAUUUUUUGAAAUCAGUGUCCUGGCCGAGGAUUAUUCGAAAGCUAUACAAGCGGCGGAGUGUAUGUUUAAAUUGAAACCACCGAACUGGUACCUGAAGUCAACGAUAGGCAACAUAACACUGAUCGACAGAUUUCGUAAAAAGAAUGAAGAGGCUGAAGUGUCGUCAGAAGAACAAGUUUUCAGUUUUUGGAUGGAUUACUUCGUCGAGGCUACAAAGUCGGAAGUUGGAGACAGUAUACGGUUUCCCCUUUUGGUUUUGGAGCCAACUAAAAUUUUAAUGCCAAGUUAUGUAAACGUGAAUCUGGGAGCUGAAGAAAAGUCUAUUCAAAUUUGGAACUUGUGUCUAGACAAUAUGAAGAAUAAUUGCAAGCAAGUUCACGACUGGCUCUUCACGGCUAACAUGAUUCGCAGUGUGAGUUUGUACAAAAGGGACGAGCGAUGUUUGUUCUUGUACGUGCAUCAAAAUUCUGAUGAUUUUCAAAUGUACCUGCCGUCUGUACAAUGCAGACAAAGAUUUUAUGACUUGGUCCUGGAGAUGACCCGGGAUCAGGAAGGAAUGGUCACUGACUUGGAUGCGUACAUGACCGACGAGCGUAUGAAGUUCGAGUACGAAUUAGAUGAUCAGAACAAACGUAUAAUACUUGGUAAAGGCACAUACGGUAUCGUAUUUGCUGCCCGAGAUCUGAAUACACAAGUGAGGAUAGCCGUGAAGGAGAUUCGCGAGAGAAAUCUGGGCGACGUGCAGCCUCUGCACGAGGAAAUCAAAUUGCACAGUCAGUUGAGGCAUAGAAAUAUUGUGCAGUAUUUAGGCUCCGUGAGCGAGGAUGGUUACUUCAAAAUUUUCAUGGAACAAGUUCCUGGAGGCAGUUUAUCAGCUUUGUUAAGAUCGAAAUGGGGUCCGUUGAAGGAAAAUGAAUCUACAAUAUCAUACUACACGAAACAAAUUCUGGAAGGCCUGAAAUAUCUCCAUGAUCAAAAAAUUGUACAUCGUGAUAUAAAAGGCGACAAUGUAUUGGUCAACACCUACAGUGGUGUCGUUAAGAUAUCAGAUUUCGGAAUGUCCAAACGAUUGGCAGGCCUUUGUCCGAGCACGGAGACCUUUACAGGAACUUUACAGUACAUGGCACCGGAAGUUAUUGAUAAAGGACAACGUGGUUACGGUGCUCCGGCAGAUAUUUGGUCUCUUGGCUGCACUAUAGUGGAAAUGGCAACUGGUAAACCUCCGUUUAUCGAAUUGGGAUCACCUCAGGCUGCUGUUUUUAAGGUCGGUUACUAUAAGAUUCAUCCCGAGAUACCGUCGGAAUUAUCCGAAAGAGCCAAGAGUUUUAUUCUUCGCUGCUUCGAACCUAACCCUGACGUUCGUGCAACGGCUGCUGAACUGCUGGAAGACCCAUUUCUUACGGAGAUUUUUUCUAGGAAAAAAAAGACGACAAGACUGGCAGCUCCUCCCGAUUUCAGCAGAAGCAUAUCUGUGCCAGCUGAGAGGUUGGAGCGCUUAGGAAAAUGUGAUAAGACGAAUAAUAACCACAUCGUGACUGCCCCAGCUAUUCAAACGUCUCAAUCGGAUGACAGCGGAGGGCUGACCAAAUCAAGCCCACUGAGGGAGCGGAGUCCAGCACAUCUUCUAUCCCCAAUCAGCAUGCCUACCGCGACAAUAUCUUUUAACAGUACGAUCGGAAGUACGCCAUCUAUAGAAACCAGUGAAACUGACACUGCUGGUGCAUCGAUGACAAGAAGAAGCUCAUCGGGUGCAUUGCUGUCGCCGGAAGUCGAAAUAACUGGUCAACCAGGACAGAAAUCGGGUGAGGAGCAAGAAGGAUUUUAUUUAUUGAAGAAAGAUAGUCAACGACGAAUGACGUUGACCAGAGUCUUGAGUCAAGACGAGGCGAAGAUUUGUGAAGUUUGGAUGAGAAGCAUACAUCAAGAUGUUGGACAGACCGUUUUGCGUAUGAGUCACUUGGAGCUAUUGAUGCGUGGUCUAAGGGAUUAUAUAUCUGAACAAAGCCAAGACGUAAUAACAACAGCCAUCCGGACGUUGAAGGAGGAACUGGAUUUCGAUUCGACCGCAAUUAAUCAUCUUCAUCUGGCAAUAUACCUAUUCCAAACAGCUGUUAACGAAGUUCUUAGAAUGCACAGUAUAAAGCCACACUGGAUGUUUGCUCUGGACAAUCUAGUCAGAAACGCUGUCCAGGCUGCCAUUACAGAAUUGUCACCUGAAUUGGGCGCAAAUUUGCUGGGACAGGAACGCGUGCAAUCCGUUGCUGAAGGAGCGGAAGAAGGCUCCACUUCCGGUGUCUCGACUGUCAACUCGGUGAAGUCCCAGAAGACAGUGGACUCUGUCGAUAACAAAUACUGGCGCGAGUAUCGCGAACAAAUGGGUGCCCUUAAGGUCGAGAACAUGAGAUUGCUACAUGAAUUGCUGGAGAGUCAGAAAUCGUAUCAGACGUUGCUGCAGCAGGCACUGGAGGAGCAGCGAGCUCAGGUCGGUGCCUUGACUCAUUUGUGCGAAACUAUCAACAGGAGAACAGCCAGACAGGAAUCGGGCUACAACUCGACUAUUUUCGAUGGAAAUGUUGUCUCCCCGCAAGAAGGCUUUGUACCCCAAAUUAGUGUCACUGAGCAUAAUUCUAGCAGUCACAAUGACAACAGACUCACGGAGUGGCUGCAAGAACUUUGGGUGGAUGAAACAUCGAUUGACAGGUUCCUUUACGAGGAGUACACCCUGGAGGAUAUUCUCUAUCACGUCACCCGGGACGAUAUUCGAAGAUUAAAUUUAAGAGGUGGCAUCGAACUCAGGAUAUGGAAGGCUAUACUUCAACACCGAAAGGACAAUGACGUAUAAAGGGAAUAUAUAUACAUGAUUUUCCCUAAAAGCUUCAAAUCGUAAUUCUUACGUGAAAUAUCAAGCAGGGUAUUAUAACCGAGCUGUAACUGACUGCCGUUAAAGUAAAAUUGUACUUUAGACGAUACAAAGCUGUACGCGCAACAAUCGUUGACCUGUAGCAGUAUGUGAUCGGUCCUAGACUGAAUCAACAUUUUUUUUUCAUUAUGAAAAGAGAAAAAGUAUGAUGCAAUUGAAUAUGGGGUCAUGUAGUUCCUAGAUAUUGAUUAAUCGUUGUAAGCUAUCGAAUUGUUAAAGACGUAGAAAAAAUUAAGCUUUCAUUCGUUAACGAAUGAACUCGGUUUUAUACAGCCGUGCUACGGAUGAAUCUUUGAUGCUGGAAUACAAAAGAAAAAUGAAAGUAACAGAAAGUAAUUAUGUUCAACUGCCGUUAAAUAUACCGUUAAUGCCUCCACAAUUUGUAUAGUAACAAAGAGUAAGGUGAAUUAUUGAAAUUUGGAAAAAAAUUCUAGGAAUUUUAAUGUUCCUAUAUUAUACAUUGUACCGUCAGUACGUUAUGGCUCUUGAGAAUCUGAAAAUUCGAGGGGACUAAUAAUUUCAUGCGACUGCUUGCGAAUUAUUUUACGACGGUGUAAAUCUUGGGGAUGUACACGUGUAUCUUGUGUGGUUUGUACAAAAAAAGAAGUUAUAAGAAAAGUGAAAUAUGAUAGAAAAAAAAAAUUGGAAAUUUUUGUAGUGCCUUAACAACGUAAACGAGCAUGGAAUUAUGCGCAAUCAAUAUACCUUUGCACUAAUCAAAUGUGUUCGUAAGAAUGCACACAUCUCGAAUAUCAAUUCACGUGUAUUGUUAGCAUCUGCGAGUUAUUCAUAAGGGAAAUGUAAUAGGAAAAGCAAAAUGAAUCCCAAGCGCACAAAAGAUAGAACUUUGUCUUCCGAAGGUAAAUAUUUUUGGAAAUAUCAACUUCAUGUUUUUCACUGUAAGUUACGUUAAAAGGCGUAUUGUAUAUACAUAUAACACAGCCUAUGGUAUUAGGUAAUCGGUAAUACCUUCAUCAUCCCCUAUAGUGUUUCCUCUCUAUACUUAUAUCAUACAGUGAGUGCGCAAAGUCAUUAUGCAAUCCGAGACUGUAAAAACUGCCGUGUUUUCAAUUUUGAGUUUCAUCCAAAAAAAAAAAAAAAAAAAAAAAAAAAAAAAAAAG